GCGAUUAUAGUCUCUCUCUUCCUCUCUCAGCUUAUAUAUAAUAACAUUAUCAUUAUCAUUAUUAUCAGAAAAGAUAGAGAAGCAAGCUAGUUUUAUUUCGAACGACACAAUACUCAGACAAAAUUUAAACAUGGGGAGAGCUCCUUGUUGUGAUAAAGCUAACGUGAAGAAAGGUCCAUGGUCACCUGAGGAAGAUGCCAAACUCAAAGCCUAUAUUGAAGAGCACGGCACCGGCGGCAACUGGAUUGCUUUGCCACAGAAGAUAGGACUCAAAAGAUGUGGCAAGAGCUGUCGGCUCCGGUGGUUGAAUUAUCUCCGACCUAACAUCAAGCAUGGAGGGUUCUCGGAGGAGGAAGAUAAUAUUAUUUGUGGGCUCUAUUUAAGUAUAGGGAGCAGGUGGUCUAUAAUUGCCAAUCAGCUACCUGGAAGGACAGAUAAUGAUAUAAAGAACUACUGGAACACGAGGCUAAAGAAGAAGCUCUUAGGCAAGCAACGCAAGGAGCAACAAGCCCGGCGAGCUAGCGGUGUCAAGCAAGAGAUGAGGACAGAAAACGAGGGUUUGAUGAUUUCUGGGUUUAUGAAUCAGACCCCAUAUUGGGCAACUGAGUCACCGGUAGUGAUGGCGCCACUGGUGAAUCCACAGCAAUUAGAUCCUCAUUUCAAGGACCAAGCAACCCUCAGGAACUUGCUGGUCAAGCUAGGAGGAAGAUUUUCUGACGAUCAUCAGCAAUCAAACACAACAACCAUAGCAACAAAUAGUGUUGCAUAUCUUUGUGAUCACGUGUCUUUCUCCCAAGAUCAACUCUUUGAGCUCGCUUCGCCAACAUCCGUGAAUAGCCCUACUGCCACUCAAUUGCCAAACACUCAGUACAUUAAUUGCUCUGGAGCUGCUCCAAAUAUGUAUCAAGGGUAUCAGAACUGCCCAUUAGAGCUAAGUGAUCAUCAUCAAAUGGCCUACAACCAGCAACAAUUGCAUGGAUUGGAGAGCUUCUAUGACAUGGAUGUGGUGAAUAGUAGUACCGGGACUAGUUCUGUGGAAAGCACGAGUUGGGAAGAUAUGAACUCUUUUGUGUAUUCGACAAUGGUUUCAGACUGUGAAAUUUGUCAACAAAAUUUGCCACAAGAUUCUACCUUUGAAGAGUCGAGGUACUUCUGCCAACAAUAAUAACACGGUGUGUCUGGGUGGGUGUUGUAAAUCUGUUUCUCUGUAGGAAAAAUUGGAGGCGGAAUAUCAGAAAACCUAUUGAAAUUAUUAAGAGAUUUGUUGUUAAUUUAUUUCCAAUUUCAUUUUGUUAAUUUCUUCCUCAUAGUUUGAUACCUGUUUUAAGUUAA